AUGAACAUGUAUCGAGCCUUCAAUUCUCGAGUAGCCUUGCGGGCCAUGAGCCGAGGCAUUGCCCCCGCGACUUGCGUAGGAGCUUUCAUUGCAACUCGACCCGUCAUCCGUUGUGAUGCCCCGACACUUGCUACAGGGCCUCCUUCGCGCCGACGUCCUCUGGAUGUUUCCCCUGAUACGGUUCGUCAGCUUUCUAGUGGAAGUGUUGCUGGAUUUGGAAUUGGUGUUGUAGUAGCCCUCUUUUCCCGCACCCUUGCACUUCUAACUGGAUUAAUUGCCUUUUCCAUCCAUGUCGCGUCUCGCUGGGGUUUGGAUAUUCCUCGGACUCUUGGUAUCGAGAAGCUCUUGAAGAAGAGCUCGGUAUGGAACAAGAGCAAGGAACGGCCAUUAUUCACUGCGUCGUUUCUUGUAACAUUCAUCCUAGCUACCUUCGUACGUCUAUAG